CUACCAUCUUUCUGUAAAGUGUGAGCGGUAAAAAGGUGAGAUAGACAAAGGAGAGUAGUUAAUUUUGAGGCUGUUAUUUAUUCUUUGCCUGUUAGCUUGGUGAGCCAUGGCAGAUCCGGAAAGAAUUGGCGAUGCGGCUGAGGAUCUUGAAGAAAUGGAGGAGGAAGAAGAACCAACAAAAGUUGCGAUAACUGAAGAAAUGUUACAGAGACCCGAAGUCUUGGCAGCGCUACAAGGAACUCUGCACAGAGAGAUGAUGGAGGCUCUACCAGCUUCUGUGAAACGAAGAAUAAAAGCAUUAAAAAAACUUCAGCUUGAAUCUACGCACAUAGAAGCAAAAUUUUAUGAAGAAGUACAUCUUUUAGAAUGCAAAUACCAUAAGCUAUAUUCACCAUUGUAUGAAAAACGGGGAGAAGUGAUAUCAGGCCUAUAUGAGCCAACAGAUGCAGAAUGUGAAUGGGAAUCUGAUGAUGAGAAGAUUGAUGAAGUGAGUGAUGCCCUCAAGAAAAAAGUUAAAAUUGAUGGAGGUGACUCUGAAGGAGAUAAAAAUGAUGUGAAUAAAAAUGAAGAUGUUAAGGGCAUUCCAGACUUUUGGCUUACUAUCUUUAAAAAUGUCCAGUUGCUAUCUGAAAUGGUGCAAGAGCAUGACGAACCAAUUUUGAAACAUCUAAUUGAUAUUAAAGUAAUAUUUCUGGAGUCCAGUCCAAUGGGAUUUGUUUUAGAAUUUCAUUUUUCACAAAAUGAAUACUUCUCCAAUUCAGUUCUAACUAAGGAAUAUGAAAUGAAGUGUAAGCCAGAUGAAAGUGAUCCCUUUAGUUUUGAGGGACCAGAAAUAUUUAAAUGUAAAGGGUGUGUUAUUGACUGGAAAAAGGGGAAGAAUGUUACAGUGAAGACAAUUAAGAAGAAGCAGAAACAUAAGUCUCGAGGUGCUGUGAGAACAGUUACAAAGACCAUUCAGAAUGAUUCAUUUUUCAACUUCUUUUCACCUCCAGCAGUUCCCGAUGACCAAGAUGCUGAAAUUGAUGAAGAAACUCGUGCUUUGCUGACUACAGACUUCGAAAUUGGUCAUUACAUCAGAGAGAGAAUUGUUCCGAGAGCUGUCCUGUAUUAUACAGGUGAAGCAUUAGAAGAUGAAGAUUUUGAAGAGGAAGAGGAGGGUGAAGAAGGUGAAGAAGAGGAAGAUGACGAUGAUGAUCCUACAUACAAGCCUGGCAAUCGUAUUUCUGUUCGUUCUGGUAAUAACCCAACACCAGGUGACUGUAAACAACAGUAGCAGUUUGGUGUUUGCAGCCGCUCACACUCUUGAAUCUGCUUCUCUUUUUUGUAUGAAAAAUUAAAAAUAGUAUAAUGCUAAAUUCUUAAAAAUUGGCAAAUCAUGUUUGUUACAUUGAUACAUGUUUUAUAAUGUUCGUUUAAAAUUGUCUGUUGGUUAGUUUUCUUAUCAUAAGAACUAUUUUCACUGUACACCCAUGUUGAGUGCUUGAACCACAAUGGUUGUCAAUAAAGCAAGCAUUUUUAUAAAAACAUUUUGUUACAUGUGUUAGUGCCAAAUGAGACUGCUCUAAUUUUUUGUGUGGUAUUAAGAAUGAACUGCACAACUUAUUGUUGGUAAUGACAAAGUGUAACAGGAAUUGUGUUGCUUCUGUUUGUCAUGAAUUACUGCAAGAAAUUAAUGCAGAUGUUGUGUAUCUGCAGCUUCUGGUGAUGUAUAUGUGUACAUUGACUGUGUUUGUGAAACAGCAUCUCAAAAAUUCUGUGGAUCAGACCUUCACUGAAUGCUGUUUUCAAGAGUUAAUCACAACUGUUGUGUAAUAUAUUUUUUGAAAAACAAAAGUGUGUUUAAACACUGAAGACUUGGUCGCAACCCUUGCCACACCCUUCUACUGCACAGAAUGUGGUUUAGGAUAUCAUGUUCAUUAGUGUGUGUGUGUGUGUGUGUGUGUGUGUGUGUGUGUGUGUGUAAGAAAGAUAGUUGAAUUAAGUGGCACAUAUUAACUGUAUCUUUAUACCUAUGCAAUGUGAAAUGGACUGCAAACAUAAAUUAUCAUGCUUAUGCUAUUGUAACAUUAGUUUGGUGAUACAACAUUAAAACACACUUUCUGCAGUUUUAUGGUCUCCAAUUUUAGAUACCAUAAUAUUUUAUUUUUGUCAGUUUUGGUGCUGAGAAAAAGCUUUUUUUUUUUUUUUCCCCUCCCCCUCAAAAUUUUAUCUGACAUGUAAUAAGUUACUUUGUAGAAAGUGGUCUAUACAUCUAAUUGGUGUGAAUUGGUGCAGAUAAUUUAAAAGCUACUAUUUUACAAUAUUCACAAAAUAUUACUGAGGCUUUCUUGCUCUGAAUUACUUGCUGAUUGGGGAUUCAAACUAUGGUACCAAUGGUGUGAAUUAUGUACGUGGUUUUUAAUUGUCUCCAUUUUAAUUGUGGUGUACACUGAACGUUUGUUGCAUCUUGUUUCCUCACCUGCAGAAUUAUUUAAUUUUAAAAAAAUGCAUGGUAGUUUUCUGCUGUAGUUGCAGAGUUUUCUAUGGUGGAAAUGUUUCGCAUGAGUAGUAUACUAUGAAAAAUUCCAUAUGUGCCUUUGAAGGCUGGUAACUUAUUUUGCAUUGUGAUUGGAAACCCUUUUAAUAAAAACUUGUUGAAAUUAUUGUAAUAAUAGUAACUCAGGAAAGUACAUGACUGCUAGUUUGUAUAAUACAUAUUGUAUUUUAAAAUUGUUUAGCUCCAAUCUUCUGUUUUGAGCUGCGUUUACUGUUGUGGAAAGGAAAAAAAUGACCUUUCAGUUGUUAUUAAAUAGUAUACAGUACUGCUAUCAUUUAUUGCACAUUAUCACUGCAUGGUUCCUUGUAAGAACAGAAUGUAGGUUACAUUCUUAAGGCUGCUUUUAGUGCUUUAUCAAACAUGAAUAUCAAAGAUCUAUCAUUGUUUCUGAUCUGAUUUUGUAACUCAUUUUGUAAUAAAAUGCAUUUUGCUGUAGAAA